GAAAAAAACCUUUUUACAGAGUAUGCGACAUAAUUUGAGAGUUUUUUUAUGAGAACUGAAACAGAGAACAAAACAGAGUUUAUCUUACUGUUUUCAUGGCUUUAGUAUACUUGUAAACGUCCACGUAAGCUGGAAAUACGGUUUCUUACUGCUUUAUCCACGCCUUUAAUCAAAGUUGCAGGACUGUAAAAAACAGAGAAUAAAGCAAUGCAUGGAAUAUACACUUACCAACAAACUGAACAUAAAUAAAGUGAGAAAGAAAAGACAGAGAAAAUGUGAUCAAUGGAUAAAAAUAGAACAUGCAGAUGCACUCACACACCCAGCCACCCACACAAAUAAGAAAUAACUUGGAGUGGCAGAGGAGAGACUAAUGAUGUCUCUCUAAUCUCUUCAUCAACUCUUGCGCCAACAGUUUCAUCCGUGUUUCUCUUCCUGGUCUCGAAAGACACCAGGUCUGCCUGCAAUCAUUUUAAAUGCAUGUGCUCGGAUCUGACCUCAUGACACAAUCUCUUUGGUUAAGAUUCAUACAUGGUGGCUGAAAGUGAUGAUCAUUCAUGAAGCCGUUUAGCAGCCAUGCUCCUAACUUACACCAGCUGUACUUUUGGCAAGCAUCAUGUAUCCUUGUCAACAUUUGGAUAGGUGGAUCAAAAGGCAUUAUUAACAGGAGAAAUUAUUCAAGCUGAUGCAAGCAACAUUACUUACACUAUGCAGUGACAAGGAGAUAAGAACAUGCGUAUGAAUGAAUCAACUACGAAUCAUGUUAACUCAAGUGAAGACUUUCUUGGAAAACUCUUGGUUUGGCGACCACCAGUGGGUAUGGAGAAGAACCGGAUCUUUUGGCUAUCUUCACACUGUGGUUGGGUUUGGUUGGAGAAGCACUUUUGUUACAAAGAUAGUGAAAGAGAUUAUGGUUUUGUUAUGUUACUGAAAAAAUAAUUGGAGUUGUGAGAUUUGGAAGAUCAAGAAGCUGCAUCUAACAGUAAUAUAUUCUAAUUAGCCAUAAUGAUUAUUAAUCAACAUUCAUAAUCUUGCCUAAUGUAAAUGUCAUCAAAAGUUUCAUAAACUGGAAAGUAGCCGUUGGAUCAUUGGAAAAGAAAAGGAAACAAAAGAGAAUACAAAUAAGUGAAAGAUGUGCUGAAUCUUUUUGAAAUAAGUCAAAAUUCUUGUUCUUAGAUUUUCACAAUCUUUUUGUAUCUUUCUUCUCUCUUUAGAAAAUCUGUGAUGAAUCCUAAAAGAUGUGCUGCUUGCAGAUAUCUGAGGAGAAGAUGUCCAAAAGAUUGCGUUUUCUCACCUUUUUUCCCUCCAAACAAUCCUGAAAAAUUUGCAUGUGUCCACAGAAUCUAUGGUGCUGGAAAUGUUUCCAAAAUGCUUCAGCAACUUCCUGUUCAGACAAGAGCUGAAGCAGUGGAAUCUUUAUGCUUUGAAGCAACAUGUAGAAUUGAAGAUCCUGUUUAUGGAUGUGUAGGGAUGAUUUCUUUACUCCAAACUCAAAUUCAGAAAACUGAAAGGCUUUUGGCUAGAACUCAAGCUGAGAUCACUGUUUCUCAAAUCAAACAUAGCCAAAACCAACAUUCUGAGUUUAUGUAAUAUCUAAGUUUCAUCUAAUAAAUUCCAAAUAAAAGUUUUCUUCUACAUCUCUUUUGCUGAUUGGGUCUCUACUCUCUUGUACGCAUUUGUAUCCAGAAGUUGCUUGUCUCGUAAAGUUUCAAUAGAAUAUGUGUGAAAAGUUAAUGUUCUGUCUUGAGAAAAGUUAACACUACAAAUUUCAAAAUCAUCUUUCAAUGUUCAAUGACUGUCUGUAGCCUUGUUUGCUAGAUAUCUAUUAGUCAUUGUCGUAAAGAAUGUGAGUCUUUGCACUGAAUCUUUGCUGCUGUUGUUGAAUGGUUUUUCUAGCAAUGUUGAUACUUUGAUCUUGACUUUAUCCUCAUUAAUUUUCUUCUCACAGUAUGAUCUUUGCAUGAUCUGCAACCUUCCAAUUUUUGAAUAACUAGCUUUAGCUUUAGGUUUGUUAUGCAAUGCAAUGUUACUUUCCUUACGUUUCUUUGUUUCAGACAAUAGUUGUAAUGUUCUUGUAUGGUUCAGAAUCAUAUGAUAGUUUUGUGUGUUUAUAGUAAACUUAUACAGACCUCUGCUCUAAUUGGAGAACCAGCCUUAUCUUUAUUUGACCGUGACCACACAUAUACUAUGAAGAAAUAAUCCCAAAGUGAAAAGCCAAAAAAAAAAAUGAGGUCAAGGAUUGAUGUAUUUGUGAUCAUAGAAACAUUGAGAAGAUUACAAAGAGAGUGAUUUGAUAACCACAACCAUACAAAUCAGUAAGAAAGUUAUCCAGAAUAAUCUUCUUUGCCUCCAACUCAUCAUUUCCUUUUACUAUAUUACCACAUCUUUGUUACAAACACAUCUUUCUAGCAUCUGCUGCUACUUUCUGGUCACCAUGGCUUCAGCUACUUUCUCUGUUCCUAAACCAUCUCUUCAGGGUUUCACAGAGUUCUCAGGAUUGAGAAGCUCCUCUGCUUCUCUUCCCUUCGGCAACAAGAAACUUUCUUCCGAUGAGUUUGUCUCAGCUGUCACUUUCCAGACUUCUGCAUGGUGGAUACAGGAAAGGUGUGACCGAGGCUAAACUAAAGGUGGCCAUCAAUGGAUUUGGUCGGAUUGGGAGGAACUUCUUGAGAUGCUGGCAUGGUCGCAAGGACUCUCCCUUUGAUGUCAUUGCCAUCAACGACACAGGCGGUGUCAAGCAGGCUUCUCAUCUCCUUAAAUACGACUCUACUCUCGGAAUCUUCGACGCUGAUGUGAAGCCUUCUGGAGACGCUGCUCUCUCUGUUGAUGGAAAGAUCAUCAAGAUUGUGUCUAACCGCAACCCGUCUCUUCUUCCCUGGAAGGAGUUGGGAAUAGACAUAGUCAUUGAAGGAACAUGAGUGUUUGUGGAUAGAGAAGGUGCAGGGAAACACAUUGAAGCUGGAGCCAAGAAGGUUAUCAUUACAGCUCCAGGCAAAGGACAUCCCAACUUAUGUUGUUGGUGUCAACGCUGAUGCUUACAAUCCUGAUAAACCCAUCAUUAGCAAUGCUUCUUGCACUACUAACUGUCUUGCUCCCUUUGUCAAAGUUCUAGACCAAAAGUUCGGUAUCAUAAAGGGUACAAUGACAACAACUCACUCAUACACCGGAGACCAGAGGUUACUAGAUGCUAGCCACCGUGAUCUAAGGAGAGCAAGAGCAGCUGCACUAAACAUUGUUCCCACAUCUACAGGAGCAGCUAAAGCUGUGGCUCUCGUGCUCCCUAACCUUAAAGGAAAACACAAUGGAAUAGCUCUCCGUGUACCGACACCAAAUGUCUCAGUGGUUGAUCUCGUUGUCCAGGUCACCAAGAAGACUUUCGCUGAGGAAGUUAACGCUGCUUUCAGAAACUCUGCAGAGAAAGAGCUUAAAGGUAUCCUCAAAGUCUGUGAUGAGCCGCUUGUGUCUGUUGAUUUCAAAUGCUCAGAUGUGUCCUCGACCAUUGAUUCAUCACUUACUAUGGUUAUGGGAGAUGAUAUGGUUAAGGUGAUUGCUUGGUAUGAUAAUGAAUGGGGUUACUCACAGAGAGUUGUUGAUUUGGCUGACAUUGUUGCCAACAACUGGAAGUGAUUUGUAGCUUUUGAAACCAAAACUUGUCUCAUGUUUUCUCCUUUUUUUACAUUCUGAUUCUCAAAAUAUCGGUCAAGACUGUAUAAACUAUAGCCCUGAGUUGUGGAUUUGUAAUAAAGUUAAAACUCAAUUCAAACUUGGUUACAUUUGUA